AUAGCCUUUUUGGAUAGAUUGCCAAUAAUCCACAUGCUGGUCUCCAUGACGAACUAUGUCCUUGAGACACCCAAUUCCGGGCCUUCACAGGCAGUGCUCUAGGCUAGGGAAAGCCUUUGUUAAAUCUCUCAAAAAUCGUGCGAGUUGAAUACGCGCUAGAAAGAGAGAACGUGAACGCAGAGAAAUAUUGGCGGCUCAUACAAUUGUUGCGGCGUGGUCAAACGCCUGGAAUGCUGGGUCUUUUCGGCGGCCCCUCUAGUCGUAAAAACAGCGUCUGGCUGGCGUUGCUACCUUGAAGCCUCAAACAGAUGCUGCGUCCGUACUGUUCUUAGGUCUGAAGCCGACUUUCGCUUGUGGUGAAAGGGGAAGUUGCUACUGUUUUGGCUCACCUCUUGCGCCCCCCCCCCCCGCUCCACCCCGGUCCCUGCGCUCGCUCGUUCGGGGAUGGAAAGGAAACCAUCGCUGCUGCUCCAGUCCGCCCACACACACAACACACACUUCCCUCCCCCUCGGCUGUUCUGGAAGGGCUGGCCGGCCGGCCUUUCUCGGGGUUUGGGUCGCAAAGUAGUUGCUGAUUUCAAACGAAAGACAAACUUUGUCAACGGGAGGAAAGAAGGCCCCGUCUCGAGCCACAGCAGCCAGUAUUGUAAGCCUUAUUGAGACAUCAUGCCAGAAAUGAGUCCUCCGCCCUAUGAUUUCAAGGAAGCUGAAGCUGGAGCUGAAGGUUACAGCAAUGAUAUAGAGGAAGGUGGGGAUUUCCGCAUUGCUUACUGGGUUGAAAAGAAUGUCCGGCAAGCUUUCAUUCGCAAGGUCUACAGCAUCAUCACUCUCCAGCUACUGGUGACUGUGGGCAUCGUUUCAGUCUUCACCUUUGUAACACCUGUGAAGUUAUUUGUGCAAAGGAAUAUCGCGUUGUACUUUGCAUCUUAUGUUGUAUUCUUGAUCAUUUACUUUAUACUGGUCUUCUGGAAGAGCAUCCAGAGACGCUUUCCAUGGAACAUUAUCCUUAUGACUAUCUUUACUUUGGCCAUGGGAGCUAUGGCAGGCAUCAUUGCUAGCAUGCACGAAACCAAGGCAGUAAUUCUUGCCAUGAUCAUCACAGCUGCAGUAUCCAUAACAGUCACUAUCUUCUCUUUCCAGACAAAGGUGGAUUUCACAACCUGGACUGGUUUUUUUGCUGUCUUGGCCACUGUCGUCAUAAUGACAAGUUGCAUGUCUGCUGUUGUCCUUACCUAUAAAUAUGUUCCCUGGCUCGAUAUGCUUUUUGCAGCCAUUGGUGCAAUUGUGUUCACCCUGUUCCUUGCUUAUGAUACUCAGUUGCUACUGGGACACAAGACAAUUACAAUCAGUCCUGAGGAUUACGUGUUUGCAGCCAUCCUGAUCUAUAUAGAUGUGAUCUACAUCUUCUUCUAUAUAUUACGGAUUGUUGGCAGGCGUUAGAGAUUGGGACCCUGUACCUUGGCCAGUUUUUCCCCCCCUUAACAGCUUUAUAGAACAUAUUAUUUUCUGAAUGUAAGAUUUGUCCACUUUAUUUUCUUACUCAGCACAUGGCACUUCAAGGAGCCUAUCAUAAAAUAUUGAGAACUCCUGUUUUAGAGUCUUCAAAACCAAAUAGAAACUCUUCCAUUACUUUCCAAAUAAAUAGCCAUUUAGAAAUAUAAACAAUCUCUUUAUUUAAAGAGGCAAAUAUUUUCUUAUUUCUUUAAGUUGUCUGAAAUAUGUGAGCCUCCUAAUGAAGCAUUUUAAAACUCAUUUUAUAAAAAUGAAUUUGUAGGGCAAUGAUUGGUGCCAAGGUGUUAUGAGAAAGCUCAUGGGCAGGAGGUUGAGAAAGCGGGCGGGUGGAGAUGAGCAAAGAUGUCAAGCAAGUGGGUAUGUGGAUUCACACACAUUUGUCCUACUUGCCCAUUUUCUUUUAUUGAUUACAAAUAGAACAUAUGUUUGUCUCAUAUACCGCAUGGUUAAUUUCAUUCUCUUGAAGCACCAGAUGGGAGUACAUGUUUUUUUACUAUAAGCUGUUUGCGAAUCCUCACAUACUUCUUGAUUAUGUGAUAUAAAGUAAACAGCCUUGGUAUGUCUGACUUCCAGUGACUUCUAAACAUACAAGCCAGCAGUGCAUGCACGCAAAGAUCAAGCAUUUUAAAAACAAACAAAAAAGCAUACCUAUAUCAUGCAAACAUGUGCAUGAUGUUCAUUAUGCUCAGCAAUAUUAAAAAGCUCAAUAAAGGAAGAUAUGAGCUUUAAAGAAAGGAUUUCCAAACCAGAGUCCUACAAACAAGGCUGGCUAGCUUUGUGGGGGGCUCUCACGUAUAUGGUAGAAAAUCCCCCAAAAUUCCUCUUGAGCCUCAUGUACUUAUCGACUGUGAGAAGAUAACUGGGUAGAUUAGAAUAUAACCAAUGUGUACCAAUCACCUCUGAGUAGCCACUGUAGGGCCCAGAUGUCCCAGGUGCCUCCUCUGACUUUUCUUUCUCCCAGGCCAAUAAGAAUAGGACAGUUUGUAGGGAUCUUUCAUGGCUAUAUCAGGACCAGGACCUCCAGCCCUGUGCAGUUUCAACUGCAAGCAAUCAAACAGUUGGGGCUGGGUGACCUGCUGGUUGUGGGCAUACAAAAGAGAUUCCCAUUGCAAUAUCAUAUCCUGGAACAUAGGAAACUGCCAUAUACCGAGCCAGACCAUUAGUCUAUCUAGCUCAGUAUUGUCUUCACAGACUGGCAGAGGCUUCUCCAAGGUUGCAGGCAGGAAUCUCUCUCAGCCCAAUCUUGCAGAAGCCAGGGAGGGAACUUGGAACGUUCUGCUCUUCCCAGAGCGGCUUCAUCCCCUGAGGGGAAUAUCUUACAGUGCUCACAUGUGGUCUCCCAUUCAACCAGGGUGGACCCUGCUUAGCUAAGGGAACAAGUCAUGUUUGCUACCACAAGACCAGCUCUCCUCUCCCUGGUGUGCAGUGGUGCAUUUUCUGUGCACACAGGCCCUAUGCACUAAAUCAGGCCUGCACAACACAAGGCCCUGGGCCAGAUUUGGCCCGUAGGGACUUUUUUGCUGGCUCCCAAGUAGGAAUAUCCUGCUGCAACAGCAGGAGCCAUUAACAGCUCUUGGCCUUUCUUGCUGAUGAACAGCAGUUAGCGGCUUGAGACCAGAUGUCUUUCCCCCAGACUCCCACACUCAGCCCCUACACUUUUAUUAAUAUUUUAAUGUAAUGAUGUGUUGAAAAUUGACCUCAGCCCCACACAGCAAGUCAUGGUCAGUUUCAGCCCACCGGGGCAUUUGAGUUAUGCACUGCUACACUGGAUACCGAUUUCUAUAUCUAGUUGCCUUUUUAUGAGUAUGGAAGUCUAAGCCUUGCUUUCCAUAUGUGAAAAUGAGAGGAAAGGCACACUAGAUCAUGCCCACAAACUAUGCCCAGAAACAAACCACACAGUCUUUUCCUAAUAAAACACACUGCAGAGACCAACAACUAACGUUAGCUCCAAAUUUGCUAGUACCCCACCUUGCUAAUUCUCAUCAUAAAACUGACAUAGUGAAAAGUAUCAAAGCCUCUUGAAAAUGCAGGGCACCCAACUAAUAAUUACAAGAAUAAAAUGCACUUAAAUAAAAUCUAUGCAAUUAAGAUUUUGUUGGGCAAAAGUUGAAAAGGAGUCACAUAAAACUGUCUGCUUAAUAAUUUGUGAACCCUAAAUGUGGUAUCUGCUUAAUAAAUGGUCUCCAUCACUGGCUAUGAAGUCCUGUUCCUUUUACUACAGUUUGUUGUUGUGGCUAUAUUUAUUAUACAAGCAAUUAACAAUGUUUUUGGAAGCUGGAGUUUAUGCCAAAUGUUACAUGCUUCGUGGUUUAAACACUUAGUUUUAAAAAAAUUAAACUGUUUUAAUGUUUUAACUUUGUUUUUAAUGGUUUUAAUUGUUUUAUGUAAACCACUUGGAGAUGUUUUAUAUCAGGCAGUUUAUAAAUAAAGUACUAUAUCGUUACAGUGA